CUAGCUGUUAGCCUGCCUGCUAACUGCCAGCUAAAGUUAACUGCACUAGUUUCACUUUCUGACAAUCAGGAAUACAGUCUCUGGCAUGAGCAGGGAUUCCUGGAAAACGAAACUAGAAACUGGUGUUGUAUUUGACACUCGUUAGACCUUAGAUGUAGAAAUUUAAACUCACUCGGGGCGAUAUUGACAACUUGUAGCCGGUGGCGUCUAAAAGAUUUAAUCGCUAACGUUAACCGUCAAACACGCAGGUAUUAGCAAACCAGCUAGCUUUAGCGGCUAGCUGCUAGCCCCCCGCUAGCAUGGACGGCGGCGGAAGCAUGCAAAGUAAUGAGGAGAGAGGAGCAGAGAAAUUAAUGGAUGACUACUUGAAAUCAAUCGGUUUGCAUCGGAAGAAAAUUGCCAAAGACGGGUCGUGCUUGUUUCGGGCUGUCGCCGAGCAGGUGCUGCAUUGCCAAAGCCUUCAUACUGAAGUCCGGGCCAAAUGUGUGGAGUUCCUGAAGCAGAACAGAGAGAGCUAUGAGGCGUUCAUUGAAGGCGAUUUUGAGGAUUAUCUGUACAAGCUUCAGGACCCACAGCAAUGGGUCGGAGAGGUGGAGAUCAACGCGCUGGCUGUCAUGUACAAGAGGGAUUUUCAGAUCUUCCAGGAGCCCUGCAAACCACCUGUCAACAUCACAGACAACAACUUCAAGGACAAGGUGCGGUUGUGUUUUCUGAACGGGAAUCACUACGACAGCGUUUAUCCCGUCAGCCACAUUAAGAGCGCCGCCCUCUGCCAGUCCAUCCUGUACGAGCUGCUGUAUGACGAUGUGUUCAAUGUCGACCGGAACUUUCUGGGUCUGUGCCAGAGGCCUGCCCGACCCUCUGAUUUGCUGAGUGACGACAACAUGCCCGCCUGCGGUAGCAGUGACGAGUCUGACUUUGACACUGGCGAGCCGCUCUGGGUAGAAAAUGGAACAAACACGACGGCUCCGAGACACAGGGGCCGCGGGCGUGGUCGGCAGUUGCCUGAGAGGGUGAGACGUUCACUGAACCCGACUCUGUUCAGAAACAUAGAGUACGACGUCUGGCACAAGACCAAGAGAGCACAACAGAAGAUGGAUUACCGUAUCGCUGCCGGGAUGCAGUUCACUGUCGGAGACCGCUGCCAGGUUCGCCUUGAUAGUGGUGGGCGGAGCUACAAUGCAACCAUCAAGGAGGUGCCACCCAACAACGGUCCAGUGACCGUUCACAUAGAAGAGCUGGGCAGGAGACAGGUCCCUCUGUGGAGUCUGCGUGCUUCCAAGGAUGAGAACAGCUGGAGCACCGUGGUCAACCGAGAGAAAAGGCUCAGCAACGGACAUGGAGAGUGGGAGGAGAGGGGUAAAGGCAGAGGCAGGGGGAAGCAGGUCCCUGCGUCCUCCUCUGUUUCCCCAACAACCGCACCGGGCCCCAGUGGGCGCGUGCAUAAGCAGCACUCCUGGCCCCCGCAGGCCACCGUAGAGGAGCAGGGAGGCGUGAAAGCCAACAGGAAAUCUGUGAGCUCGGUGGAUUCUGCCUUCGGUAUAUCAGAGAAGGAGCGUUUGGCCAGGGAGGAGGAGGAGAGGAAAGGGGUGUUGCUGGAGAUCCAGCUCCGAGACGAGCACAGCUUCCCCGCCCUCGGGGCCCAGUCUGGGAUGCAGGGUGAAGUAGGGAGGAAGAAGGGAGGAGAGAAGAGACGAUCCCAAAGGAACAAGACAGGUGCCGCUGAAGACAUCAGGGCACCGUCUCCCUCUGCUGGUGAAAGACCCAAAUCCUCCACCCCGCCUCUUGCAGCCGCCGCGGCUGCUACUACGAAUACUACUACACCCACCAACCCCACCCUUCAUGCUUCCAAACCUUCUGCGGCUCCGUCUGCAAACUCCGAAUCCAAUCCUGUUUGGCUGAGCUCGAUCAAGGCUGCAGCAUCCAGCCUGCCACCCGCCUGUGGUGCCCCGGCAGCUAAAACAAACACACCGUCUUACGCUGUAGCUUCGGCUACGCCAAGUUCUCCUGCUGCUGCUGCCGCCCCGAACACUAAAGCCUCUGUAACGGGCGGCGCCGCGCCUCACUCUGUCUCACCCUUCCCCUUCCUCACCCCUAAUCUCCCCGCUGCUUCAUCAACCACAGCUUCCCAUGUCCUCCCCUCGUCUUCUCUUCCCCCCUCUUCUUCCUCUCAACAUGGCACCUCCACUUCUUCCUCUCUUCCUCCUAAAUCAUCUGCCUCGCCUCCUGCUUCUUCGCUGCCCCCUCUCACUUUCAUCGCUCCCAUUGCUCCCUCUCCUGCGGCUGCGCAGGGCUUCCUCUCGACCUCCUCCCUCCCCCGUUCCUCCCCGCCUGUGUCCUCCCUCCCCCACUCCCCCAGUCCUCCGACCUUCUCCUCCUCUUCCACUCCUAUCCAUCAGGCAGCUCAAGUCCACGAGGCUCCAAAAGUUUCAGCACAAACUCCAAAUUGUUUGCCAAACAUUGGACCUCAGACCUUCCAGAGCCAGGCCUCGCUGCCCCCGAUUCAUCCUCAGGUGUGUCUGCCCCAAAACCACGGCCAGAUCUCUGUGUCCCAGACCCAAACCCAGACCUCGUUAACCCAGAGUGAUAACCAAACUCUGCCUCCUCUGCCCCAAAACCAAAUCUUGAUGCCCCAGAUGCAGACCGAGGCCCAUGCCACUCUCCCUCAGUCCUGUCCUCCUCAGAUCCAGCACCAACCUCAGUCCCACACUGAAGUGGCCUCUCUGCCACAGACCCAGAUCCAGCCGUCUGUCCUACAGACCUCCCUCCCUCAGUCCCAGGCCUCUGUCUCCCACCUCCCGCCCCACUCUCAGGCUCAGUACCUCCCACAGUCCCAGUGUGAGGUGGCCCAGGUCCAGUCCUCUCACCCAGCUCCAGGAGCUUCCUACCCCCACGCCUCAAUUCCCGUCUCUGCCUCUGUGCAGCCCCAGCCAUCUGCCACCAAUCCUCACCUCCAUGUCCAACCGGCCCAGCCUCCUCACCCCUCCCAAGUCCCGCAUCCCUCCCACACUCUCUCCGCCUCCCCGACCAAUCCCUCUCUCCAAUCCCAGACCCCCAACACCCAGAAUCCAACAGAGGUCCCACUCACUCCCACCCAGCCUCAGCCUGAGUCUCCGGCUCAUGUCCCUUCCCAGCAGGCGCACCUUCCUCACCCCCCUCAUCAUCCCCAGUCUGCACAUCCCCCACCCCCCCACCAGUCCAUCCCAGGAGCCGUCCCCCUGCAGCAGUUGUCCCAGCUCUACCAGGACCCCCUGUACCCCGGAUUCCCCCAGGGGGAGAAGGGCGACGUGGCUCCGAAUCCACCCUACUCCUCCAGCAAGUCAGGGGACGACCUGCCCCAAGAUAUCAACAUCUUGAGAUUUUUCUUCAACCUUGGUGUCAAGGCCUACUCCAUGCCCUUGUACCCCCCUUACAUAUACCUCCUGCCCCUCCAGCAGGCCCACACAGUUCACCCCAAGCUCCCCUCCCGCUCGCCCUCCCCUACCCCCCCCUACCCUCCCUCCAACCCCCCUACCAGGCACCAGGAGGCGUACCAACACCCCCAUUACCCUCCGACUUCAGCAUCAAUGGCGCCUCAGUACGACCACCAAGCCCCACUCACCGAGCCCCCCCAUCCCAGUGACCCCUCCUUCAGCCAGGCCGGGUACCCCGUCACCCAGCCUCCGCCCCACAGGAUGUCGCUGUCAUGGCAACAGCACCAGAUGCCCCAACAUAGAAGCCCAAGCUACCCAGUCGGGUAUCCCGCCUCAAAUCAACCAUAUUCGGUCCCCCAACCCUUGUCUCAGGGCUACCACCCAGGUCAAAGCCCGGGACACACGCUGUACCCUCAGAGCGUGCCUCCGUCCCCCCCCUCCUCGCUGGGAUAUCACUCUUCAUCCACCCCUGAAGAGAUUCAGGUGAGCCAGGCGCCAAUGGAGCACCGUCAGCCCGCCAACGGGGACACAAUGCCUGGCCAAGGGCCCGGCCGAGUCCCUGGUCCUCUGGAAAGUCCUGCUGCUAACAUGGCUAAUGCUAACAAUAGAACAGCGAUGGUACCUGGUUUUGCAGCCCUGAAGAAGGAGCAGGGAGAGAGUCUGUCCGGAACAGUGCUGCUGGUGGACCCGCCACUCAACAACAACCCCAUACUGGUUUCAAACCAUACCAUCAAGGAUGUCUCCGCCUCCAUGACCUCCAUGAAGCCCGGCAGCACGCCCGGCUCUCCUUUACCUUAUGACCUUAUCUCAAAGACGGCCGUCUCCGGUGACGCCAACCCCUCCCGUGGCUAUCGAAACCACCGAAAACCGAUGAACCCCCCCCAACCAGUACGUGCCACUGGGGUCACCGGAGCCCAGCCAGGUGAGCUACCUGUCGCCCGUGGGCAUGGCGGAGCCCCUGUUGUCUGUCGGUUGCAGCACAGAGGACGACUGGGAGGAGCCGAUGGGAUUCAAACCGCCGGCCUUGAACCCCAGAGGGAUGAGGAGGAGCCACAGAGGAGCGGGAGGGAGAGGGAGGGGAGGCUACGAUCAAGGGAGGGGGGCAAACAGGAGGAGAGAUGGAGGUGAGCCAGGGGUGGGGCCUAACUAUGUCCAAUUUAACAGGGGGCGGGGCCGUGAGAGAAGAUACUAGUUCUCAGCCAAUGAGAUGAAAGGACACAGGAAGGUGUUUUAUUUUUUUCUUUUCUUUGGUUUCUCCUCUUUCUGCCUGCCUCUUUUUGUUUUUCUCUCACCAAUCAUUUCUCGUCACCAUCUGGAUCAUCUGAUUGAUUCCACACAUUGAAAAUGGAUGCCAGAACCAAUCGGGAUCGAUCAGUCGUCUCCACACACACAUCGUCGGGGUAAAACCUGAGACUCCAUUUGUGUAUUUAGAUGCGUUAAGAUGCUCCAAGCUCGUUGCGGAAACACGAACACUAUCUGAUGUUCUUUCUUCAUCAUUAGCUAGCUCAUUAGCGUAGCAUGUCAGCAAGUGCAAGUAUACAUCUCGUCGUGCAUUUCUCAGCAGUUAAACCACAAACACACGAUGGAUUUAAAGAUUCAAGCGUAAGGUGUGUUUUGAGCACUACGAAACAUGUUCAGUGUAGAGCUGCGUUGAGUUUGCCGCCAUGUUGAUGUGACGUUUGGGGAGAAAAUAACUUAAGAGCUUGAGUUUUAUACUUUGCAUUUGUCUUUAUAGGAAUAGUUGGGACAUUUUGGGAAAUUUCUUGCCAAGAGAAAAUUGAUUUCACUCAAAUUUCAGUAUGCUACAUGUGUAGCUAUGGCUGCUUAGCAUAAAGACUGUAAACGAUAGGAAACGUCUAGCUUGGCUUUGUAACAGACUCCAUCUCUAAACCACAAACUUUAGUAUAAAACCAACAGUUUGUGGUUUUACUGGGCGUUAUGUGCCAGCUCUUCCCCCUGUUUCCAGAUUUUGUGCUAUGCUAAGCUAACCAUUUUCUAGCUAUAGCUUCAUAUUUAAUGCAUAAACAUCAGAGCGGUAUCAAUCUUCUCAUCUAGCAAUACUUCAAAUAAAAAUGUAGAAGUGUUCAUUUAACCGGACGUCAAAUUUCAGACACUCUAGUGUCUCUUGAACGCAGCAUUACUGAGAGCUUAGCAUGUCCAUAAAGCAUCAGACAUUUAAACAUAUUUUGAGCGAGCUUUCAGAGUUGUGCUGCUGCAGCCGCUGCCAUAAAACUACAGCAAUAUUUAAAGGACGCUGGUUUGUGUGUGGACUAAAUGUUCGUCUGUCCUGUUGCCCUGCGAGUCUCGUGUCCUUUUCCUGUUGUAAAAUUGUCUCGUUUUUCUUCUUGCUGGGUUAAUUUUUCUUUCUCUCAUCGACUCGGAAAAACACUUAGAGAUUCAGUGCCUUACGUUUGCUACUUUUUACUGCCUCAUUUCUUUUUCUUCUUAGUUUGAGAUGCACUGCUGUACAGAACAAUUGCUGUUAUUGUUUGUGUUGGAUUUUUCUAUGUGGUUGAAUAAAUAAAACUUUGGUUCCGAC